CCCCAACAGCAAGUAAUGGAUGACCUGCUAUCUUGCCCCGUGUGCUUGGAGGAAUACCAGGUGGAUAGUUCUGGCACUCGGGAGCCACUUUUCCUGCAGUGCCAUCAUAGUAUCUGUCGCGUCUGUCUGCCGAGGCUCGUGAAGUCGUAUUCAGGACAACAGGGCAGGUUUUCCAGUAAAGAUAGUGCUGAGGUGCCAUGCCCCGAGUGCCGCAUGGUGACUGUUGUGCCCCCUGGCGGUCUCACGCAGAACUUUUACCUUGUGAGUCUAAUUGAAACGCGUAAGAAGAAGGCAAAGGAACAAGAGAGUCGUCUGCGGAUGUGGUGUCGAGAGUGCGAUAGCGUGGCUCUCGAGACUUGUUCCAACCACCAGGUCGUUCAUCUUGCAACAAUCUUGGCUAAUGCUGUCGACUCGUAUUGCAACAACAGGAAACACUUGACGACUGUCUUGCAGGUUAGAGGUCGUGUUAAAGUGGAGGCGCUGGAAGUGCAGGAGGCGGUAGAGCAGCUGGACCGCGCCGCAGCUGCCCUCAGGAGGCGCUUGGUGGCCAGGCUGGACCAGGCGACGCUCUCCCAGGCCACGGCCAAUUCCCUUCUGCAGGAGGCUCCCUACUGA